AUGGGAAUUGAUCUCGACCGCCACCAUGUUCGAGACGGGCACCGCAAGGUCCCUAAGUCGACCAACCCCUACGUUAAGCUGUUGGUUCGUCUGUACAAGUUCCUUGCCCGCCGCACCGAUGCGCCCUUCAACAAGGUUGUCCUCCGCCGUCUUAUGAUGUCCAAGAUCAACCGCCCCCCCGUCUCCCUCUCCAAGAUCAUCGCAACUGCCGCCAACAAGGCCAACGCGAAGACCAACGAGGGCAAGACCGUUGUCGUUGUCGGCACCGUCACCGACGACAACCGCCUCCUCGACCUUCCCAAGCUCUCCGUCGCUGCCAUGCGCUUCACUGCCUCGGCCCGCGCCCGCAUCGAGAAGGCUGGUGGUGAGGUCCUCACCAUCGACGAGGUUGCCACCCGUUUCCCCACUGGUGCCAACACUCUGCUCCUCCGUGGACCCAAGAACGCCCGUGAGUCCGUCAAGCACUUCGGCUUCGGUCCCCACUCCAACAAGAAGCCCUACGUCGAGUCCAAGGGCCGCAAGUUCGAGCGUGCUCGUGGCCGCAGAAGGUCCAGGGGUUUCAAGGUCUAA